AUGAAUAUUUUACCCAAGAAGAGCUGGCACGUCCGGAACAAGGACAAUGUCGCCCGCGUGCGGCGUGACGAGGCCCGAGCCCGGGAGGAGGAGAAAGAGCGUGAGCGGAGGGCGCUGCUCGCUCAGCAGGAGGCCCGCACAGAAUUCCUACGGAAGAAAGCCAGGCAUCAGAACUCACUUCCUGCACUGCAAGCAGCAGAAGCGGGAGCCCCAGGCAGUUCUGGCCCCGUGGACCUGUUCCGGGAGCUGCUGGAAGAAGGGAAAGGGGUGACGAGAGGCAAUAGAGAAUACGAGGAAGAGAAGCGACAGGAGAAGGAGAGGCAAGAGAAAGCCCUGGGCAUCCUGACAUACCUGGGCCAGAGUGCAGCAGAAGCCCAGACUCAGCCCCCAUGGUACCAGCUGCCCCCAAGGCGGGGCAGCGCCCCCUCUGGUCCAGGACCCGAUGAGAAGAUCAAGAGCCGUCUGGACCCGCUGCAGGAGAUGCAGAAGCACUUGGGGAAGAAGAGAAAGCACAGCGGAGACAGUGGCGGUCACAGCACCAAGGAAAAGAAGGGGCCCGAGAGACAGCGACCCAAAGAGCCUCCGUCCCUGGAGCAGCUCCGAGCGGACCGUCUGCGGCGGGAAGCAGCGGAGAGGGCGCGGGCGGAGGCCUUGCUGGCCCGGGUGGGCGGUGCAGCGGCCCUGGAGGAGCAGCCGGAAGAGGUGGACGAGCGGCGGAGGCGGUACAACUCGCAGUUCAACCCCCAGCUGGCCCGGCGCCCCCGCCGGCAGGACCCACCGGCGGCUCCCUGA